AUGUAUCGUGAUUUCCUUAAUCAGGUCCUGGGCGAAUCUCAACAGCUCUGUAUUUUUUAUUUACUUGGAUAUUCGGAAUUCCCUGCAAAAGUCCCAAUUAAUUUCACUUGGGAUCAUUUGAUAGAACUGAUUAUGGAAGCACGUGAAAAUCAAAAGGCCUCUGAAAAGGAUUUAGCAGUUGAAAAUCCACCAACAGGAUUUUCAUUUUUCCCCGAGCACAUAUUCGGUGAGAAUGGCUACUUAAACUUGUUGCAAUAUAUACUUUCCAAUGGCGUUGAACGGAGAGAUCGUACCGACACAGGGACGUUUGGAGUUUUCGGUCCACAGCUACGAUUUUCUCUUAGAAAUCAAGAAUAUCCUCUACUGACUACAAAAACAGUGUUUUUUCGCGGAAUCGUAGAAGAACUAUUAUGGUUUGUUCGUGGAUCUACAAAUUCUCGUGAACUGGCGGAAAAGAAUGUACAUUUCUGGGAUGCAAAUGGAUCUCGUGAAUUUUUAGAUGGACUAGGAUUUACUGAGCGUGAAGAAGGUGAUCUCGGUCCAGUUUAUGGUUUCCAGUGGCGUCACAGUGGAGCAGAAUACGUAGACUGUCAAACCGACUAUACUGGUCAAGGUGUUGAUCAACUUGCUGAUGUAAUAAAACUUAUACGUGAGCGCCCUUGGGAUAGAAGGAUUAUGAUUGUGGCUUGGAAUGUUAAAGAUCUACGUAAAAUGGUUCUUCCUCCCUGUCAUUGUCUUGUUCAGUUUUAUGUUGCAAAUGAUGAGUUAAGUUGUCAAUUAUAUCAACGUUCGGGGGAUAUGGGUCUUGGUGUACCGUUCAAUAUUGCAAGUUAUGCUUUAUUAACAUAUAUGAUUGCUCAUAUUACUGGUUUAAAACCUGGUGAGUUCGUUCACACAAUUGGCGAUGCGCAUAUUUAUUCAAACCAUCGUGAGGCGUUACUUGAGCAGGUUAAACGUGUACCGCGGCCAUUCCCCAAAUUGGAGAUCGUUCGAGAGGUCAAGAAUAUUGAUGAUUUUAAGUUUGAAGAUUUUAAACUGAUUGAUUAUAAACCUUAUCCAAAAAUAACUAUGAAAAUGGCACUUUAA